CCCUCUCAGAAACACCACACUAACGGGACCAACGGGGCUCACGGCACCAACGGCUACCUGUUCCCGUCCCCGUGUCCAGACGAACACUAACCUAUCCGCCCAGCAUGGAGGACGUUUUACUGGGUCCCAGCUGCAGAUGGCACACAGGUGAUUUCCGCAUGCAUUCUUCAGGAGCGGAGAGAGGUCAAAGUUUGAACAGCAGAGUUAAAGUACGACCAGUGUGAAGAUGAAGGACCCGCUGAGCAGCUGUACUUAUAAUCUGCUGUAUCAGGACCUAAAGAGAAUCUCUAAGAAUGGCGAGUAUUUCUGCAAAGAGCUCUUGGCCGUGUUUCAGCAAAGAUCUGAACUGGAGAUCAACUAUUCAAAAGGACUUCAGAAGAUCGCAGGGAAACUCCUUAGAGUCUCAAAAGAGAUGAGUGAUAACUCCACAUAUCGCGUAUGGUCCUUCAUAUCAGAUGAAAUGUACGCCUCAGCAGAUGCCCACCGCAUACUGGGAAAUGCUCUCAACCAAGAUGCUAUUCAGGAAAUCCGUCAAAUCCUAGAUGAACACGGCAAAAGAAAACGACCGCUUGACAAUGCCGUCGAAAAGUCUGGAAAGCUUGUUCUUACAAACUGGAGUGAGCAAAUUAAGCUGAAGAAGAAGCUGAUUGGGUUAACGAGAGAACAUGAAGCUCUCUUCAGCUUUGUGGAGAAAAAUAAGCAAAUCUCUACGGAGAAAGAAAAGCAGAAGAUGUUUAACAGAUUGACUAAAUCAGCAGAGCUUCAGGCCAAAGUUGACGAGGAAUAUUUCAACACCAACAUGGAGGGUCACCACAUCCGACUGAAGCUGGAGAACACACUGAAAACCUGCUACCAGAUCGUUCAGGAGCUCGAGAAGCAAAGAAUAGAGACUCUGUCCAACGCCCUGAACAAGUACAGCCUCUUCAUGACUGUCUACGCACAGACCGUCGUUCACAGUCACAAACAGAUCGAGCAGGCCGUGCGGAGGGUUGAUGUGGAGAAAGACAUUCAAUCACUGGUCGAGGAUGUCAGUGCUACAGCGGACGAGAACAAAGCUGAAUUACUCAUGGCUGACUACUUUGAGGAAGAAGGGAAAACAGUCAUGGGGAAAGACAGAAGGAAAGAUGGCAUCAGGACUAAACUUCAGCGUCUAGAGGAGUGCAUCACAAAAACAAAAAGUGACAGAGAAGGUUUAGAGAAAAUGGUGAAAGUAUACACAGAACAGCCAAACUUCUCAAAUCAAAAAAACCUGGAGGAAACGGAACAGUUGCUGGACGAGGCCAUCCUCAAACUGGACCUUUUAGAGGCGACGCACUGCAAACUGACUCAGAGUCUGGCGGAGUUAGAGGGAAAACCCAAAUCAAGACAUCGAUUCAGUGACAGCAUUACUAAAUGGAAAGAAAAGGACUGUGAGCACAGCGUAGUGCAGCUUUCCCGACCUAUGAGGAUCAAAAAGACUCCGUUCAGAUCCCGUCAGUCCAUGAGGACCGCCAUGAUCAAUAAAAGUGCAGUGACCAACCAAAGCCCUGAUAUGACAAGCAAAGAGCCCUCGAAUGAGACGACCAAAGUCGAUGACCAACAGAGUGGUCCGGUUAAUGGAUGUGUGACUGAAUCUGAAGAGGAUAAAGGUGCAGAAUUCUGCUCUAUCGGCAGAUGCAAGGCUUUAUACAGCUUUACGUCAGAAAGAGAGGACGAGUUAAACAUUAAUGAAGGAGACGUACUAGAUAUCUUUCAGAAGGAAGACACGGGCUGGUGGUUCGGUGAACUGAACGGACAGAGAGGACAUUUCCCUUCCACGUACGUUGAAGAGCUGCCUGUUUUUACUGCGAUGAAGUCAUCUGAAGCUUAGCUUCGAAAGAGCAUGUGAAGAAAAAGGUCACUGACCUCAGUGCCACUGAAUUAUGAUUUACUCAUGCUGUAGGGUUAAACACACUUUAAACCAAUUACUUUCACAUGACCUUUUCAUGUGAUUAAAGGAAAAAACUCUUGAAAAUCAUUCAAAUGACUCAUUUCAACACUGAAAGAUUCACUCACAAAUAAUACAUUACUACAUCUUGUGAGUAGUUACAGGGCACAAGAGCAAUAUCUAGCCAAUUAAAUAUUUUAGAGCAGAGCAUAAAUGUAUUUACUACAAAAAUUCCCAUAAAGUCUUGAAAGUAAAAUUAUAAAAAGGUCAUGUUUUCAGGUUGUUCAUGACCAUGGGAAGCCUAUCAAUUAAAUGCAUGUGUGUGGCUAUAGAAUCUUUUAUCCAAAUGUAUUGUAUAGUGAAAAAAAUAGAUUUGUGAUUUUGACAGCAUAGUAAUAAACCACAAAAUGCAAAUGGUUUAGAACUUCCUGUCACUGUAGUAUAAAACUAAAUUAAGAAAUUUCAAAACACUUUAAGAUUUUUUUUCUCGUUUAUUGUUAAAAUUACAAACCAAUAAAUGAAUGUACAAAAAAUUUAAAGGUAAAUAAAAGCUUGAUGUACUUGCUAAUGAUAUCUAUAAA